AUGGAAGAAGCCAUCGGCGCCAUGGUCCUCGUCCCUACCGCCCCCAUCACCCCCACCGCCACCGGCCGCAAGGGAAAGAUGAAGGCACCAAAGAAAGAAUUGACGCCGAAGGAGAGGGCAAUUCAGACCAAGAAGUGCAGUGCUCGGCGGCAGUCGUCGUCGCCGUCAUCCAAGAAAAAAAUGAGCUCCUCCUUGUCUUGCAGGCCAAGGUCGUCUCCUACCUCUCGCCUCGUCCGCGUCGCUGUGCCAACGCUCUCGCCCCGCUCCCGCCUCCCUCCCGCCCCGCUCUCGCCGCCAACGCGGCGGCGGCCGGGCGGGGAGCGGGCGAUAGCGCCGGGCGCCCCGCCGUCGCCCCUCCCUCUCGUCUCGCCCGCCUCCCGCCUCUCUCCCGCCCCGCGCUGGACGGUACCGCCCCCGCUCUCUCCCGCGUUGGCACCAGCCUAA